AUGGAUUCAGCCGUGACCCCAGAGCAAACGCUGCCCCCGCGCCCAUCCCGUGGCGGAACCACAACGGCUCGGUCCCGUACAGCGAGCCGCCCCUUGUCCGAGCAAGGUGAGACGGCGAUCGGGGUCUACCUGAUCAGCCUCGGUCGCAGUGCGCGCCAGGCUGGGCUCUCGUGGCUGGGCAACGGCCUCGUCAUCUUCGUCCUCACGCGCCAAUGGAGCUCCCUGCAGCCGCCCGACCUUUUGACCCUCAACCUUGCGCUGUCCGACGCCAGCAUCGCCGUGUUCGGCUACUCCCGCGGCAUCAUUGAGAUUUUCAACGUCUUCCAGGACGACGGCUACAUCAUCAAGUCCACGUGGACCUGCCAGGUUGACGGCUUCCUGACGCUGUUGUUCGGCCUGGCGAGCAUCAACACGCUCACCGUCAUCAGCAUCACCCGCUACAUCAAGGGCUGUCGGCCACACCAAGCCCACGAGGUGACCAGCACGAGCAUGGUCGUGUCCCUUGCCCUCGUCUGGGCCGCGUCGCUCUUCUGGUCAGCGGCACCUCUCCUGGGCUGGGGCAGCUACACGGACCGAAGGUACGGGACUUGUGAGAUCGACUGGAUGAAGGCCACGUUCUCCACCAUCUACAAGUCCUACAUCAUCUCCAUCUUCAUCUGCUGCUUCUUCAUGCCCAUCUCCACCAUGCUGUUCGCCUACAUCUCCAUCAUCAACACGGUCAAGUCGAGUCACGUGACGGCGCGCAUGGGCGACGUGUCAGAGCGGCAGCGCAACAUGGAGCGAGACAUCACGAGGGUGUCCAUUGUCAUCUGCUGCGCCUUCAUUCUGGCCUGGAGCCCGUACGCCGUCAUCUCCAUGUACUCCGCGUGCGGCCACCGCGUCCCGGCGCUCACGAGCCUCCUCGCGGCCCUCUUCGCAAAGUCCGCGAGCUUCUACAACCCCUUCAUCUACUUCGGCAUGAGCGGAAAGUUCCGCGCUGACGUGCGCGCCAUGCUGCCGUGCCGGGCCACGAGCGCGAAGGCCCCGCGGGACGCGGUCCGCCUCAAGCGCUACCGGACGCACGUCGAUCCCGAGAGGGCCUCCCACCGGGCGGCCGUGGCCGCUCGUGAGCAACCCGCGCCCCGAGCCGCCGCGCCUCGCCCGGCGUCGCCCGCCCCAAGCGCUGCUCGGGACCGCGACCCUGAACUUGACGAGCGCGAGUUUGACCCCGAGGGGCGGGCGUCGGCCCUCGCCGAGGUGGCGGCGGUGGAGAGUCGGGACUCUGGCAUCGCGUGCACUCGGGGCGAGAGGAGGGCCUCUCGCGGUGACGACGUGGAGGUCGGAAACGAUGUGGAGGCAGAGGAGGUGAAGGAGGAGGAGGAGGAGGAGGCGGUGGAGCUGUGGCCCCGGCAGCGGGUGGACGGAACGCGGUGGUCUCUGGCUCAGGAAGACGCGGGGUCAGAAGUGGCCUGUGAUGGGCCGAUCCCCGCUUCGUUCAUAUAGCGCAGUUACCAGCAAGCGGAACCCCGAUCCUGAACCCUGAUAAUAACACCCCCCCCCCAACCUCAAUCCGUGCAAACUUG